AGAAGAAGUAGAAUGAGACGUCGGAGAUCUCGCGAUGCUUGAGUUCUGUUCUGUGAUUGGCUGUGCAGGAAGUAAAUAGAGCAGAGCAUCAUAUAACCCUCGCAACCAUGUCCGUCUUCAUCCACACCCGGGGCGAGGCGGGCGGCGGGGUGGCCGCCCACCUCCGCUGCCCUCACUGCGGCCACCUGUCCAAGAGCCACGCCCAGCAGCUGGCCCACCUGGCGGCGUCACACCCCACCUGUCUGGAUGACGUGGCAGUGGGUCGCCUUGGCAACAUCCUGAUGUACCAGAGCAGCGCGAGGCUCUUCCACUGCUCCCAGUGCUUCCACACCUGUAAGGACUUCAGCAAGCUGUACAAACACAUCAUCGCCCGGCACUGCAUGGUGGAGAAGGAGGAAGAGGGAGGAAGAGGAGGAGAGGAAGGACAGGAAGCAGGAGGGUGGGAGGAGAGAAGGAUGAAGAAAAAUCUGCGGCUGGCCACAGGCAGCGCUCCGUCUCCGUCAGCCACAUCGUUCGCAAACACGAGAUCCCCAAGAGCUACGCCAGCCACGCCCUGGCCAAGAGCCGGCAGCUGCAGACGGGCCGGGCCGAGGAGGAGGACGGCCGGGAUGAGCGAGGAGCUGAUGAAGGAGGAGAUGGAGGUGGCGGCGCGGUGGGUGGGCUCCGUCUCCCACCGCUUCGUCUGCCUUGUCUGCAACUGGAAGAGCAAACUGAAAGGUUUCGUUCUGACCCACAUAGAGCGCCACCAUGAGGUGGAGCGGCCGUACCGCUGCAGCUCCUGCCCCCAGAGCUUCUUCCUGCCCAGCCGGCUGCAGCAGCACGCCCGCACCGCCCACCGGCCCGGCCGCUACGCCUGCCCCUUCUGCUGGUUCCGCUCCGAGGUCCUGGGCGGCUUCAGGAGGCACUGCAGCCGCUGCAGCGCCCGCGAGGAGGAGGAGGUGCCGGGGGAGGAGGAGGAAGAGCAGGAGAGGAAGGAGCCAGAGCCAGAGGACAGGAAGGAGACCAGAGGAUGGAGGCGCAGGAGCCUGGGAAGGAGGAUGGAGGGAGGAGAGCUGGAGGAGGAGGAGGAUGACUAA